UCUUGGGCGACAGAUUUGUGGAACUCGGAGGGAGCAGCAUCCGACUAGCGGCGGAUGAAACGUUCUGCAACACACACGAGGCUCACGCUGCGGCGUUGUCAUUGACAUGAACGCGGAGGUCUUCCAUUUGAGCUCGGGAAUGUUGGAUUAGCCAUACAUAAGAGACGGUUAUGGCGGGGUGAAGCGUCUGAGGUGCUGGGCGCAACCAACCGGCCGUUCCAUCUCCAGCUAGCCCAGGAGCCCAGAAAGUCAAGCGUCUUCAAAGCCACCUUAGCUCCGCGGUGGAGCUCAGAUCCUCGGCAUGGACUGGAAGACUUUGUGGAUGUCAAACACUUUGCACUUGGUGAAAUAAUGCUGACCCCAGGCAUGCGAUUUUUUCCCCUGCAAAGGAGGAAAAUCUCCACCCCCUGCGGUCCUGUCUGUGGUUACUGUUAGCCCGCUAGCUACCGAGCUAGCCCGCUCAGCCCCAUUAAAGGUGGGACGGGCGAACUUGGGAGUCUUUGGGCGACCACUGCCUUUCUUUUCGCUGUGAUUGAUUAAGACGUGCACAUUACCAAGUGUCAACGAUCUGUUAUUAAUUAGAAGCUCUUGUGCACACCCUUAACUGUUUGCAAACGGGGCUCUCUGCAGAGAGCAUCCCCGUUUCACCCUUUGGACCAUGGCGGACGACGACGUGCUCUUUGAGGAUGUCUACGAGCUGUGUGAAGUGAUUGGCAAGGGACCCUUCAGCGUGGUGCGCCGCUGCAUCAACAGGGACACAGGCCAGCAGUUCGCUGUAAAGAUCGUGGAUGUGGCCAGUUUCACCUCCAGCCCCGGCCUGAGCACGGAAGAUCUGAAGCGCGAGGCCAGCAUCUGUCACAUGCUGAAACAUGCUCACAUUGUGGAGCUGCUGGAGACGUACAGCUCUGACGGCAUGCUGUACAUGGUCUUUGAAUUUAUGGACGGUGCUGACCUCUGUUUUGAAAUCGUAAAGCGGGCUGAUGCUGGAUUUGUGUACAGUGAGGCUGUGGCCAGCCACUACAUGAGGCAGAUUUUGGAGGCACUUCGCUACUGUCACGACAACAAUGUGAUUCACCGUGAUGUCAAGCCUCACUGUGUGCUGCUAGCCUCCAAGGAGAACUCUGCUCCCGUCAAGCUGGGAGGCUUUGGAGUAGCGAUCCAGCUUGGAGAGUCAGGCCUGGUUGCUGGAGGUCGUGUUGGCACUCCCCACUUCAUGGCUCCAGAAGUUGUCAAGCGAGAGCCAUAUGGCAAACCGGUGGACGUGUGGGGAUGCGGGGUUAUCCUCUUCAUCCUUCUGUCGGGCUGCCUGCCUUUCUAUGGCACGAAAGAUCGCCUGUUUGAGGCCAUCAUUAAGGGCAAAUACAAGAUGAACCCACGUCAAUGGGCCCACAUCUCGGAGAGCGCCAAAGACCUGGUGAGGCGUAUGUUAAUGCUUGACCCCGCAGAGAGGAUCACUGUUUACGAGGCGCUCAACCAUCCUUGGCUGAAGGAAAGGGACAGGUACGCCUACAAGAUCCACCUUCCCGAAACAGUGGAACAGCUGAGAAAAUUCAAUGCAAGGAGGAAGCUGAAGGGUGCAGUGCUGGCUGCUGUAUCAAGUCACAAGUUUAACUCUUACUAUGGAGACCCUCCUGAGGAGCUACAUGACUUUUCAGAAGACCCAACCUCUUCAGGACUGCUAGCUGCAGAAAGGGCAGUGUCACAGGUUUUGGAUAGCCUCGAGGAGAUUCAUGCGUUGACGGACUGUAGCGAGAAAGAUAUGGAUUUUCUCCACAGUGUAUUCCAGGAUCAGCAUCUCCACACCCUCUUAGAUCUGUAUGACAAAAUCAACACCAGGUCAUCUCCGCAAAUUCGGAAUCCUACCAGUGAUGGAGUGCAGAGAGCCAAAGAAGUACUGGAAACAAUCUCAUGUUACCCAGACAACACAGAGGCAAAGGAGCUCAGGAGGAUCCUUACACAACCCCAUUUCAUGGCUCUGCUACAGACCCACGAUGUGGUGGCCCAUGAAGUGUACAGCGACGAGGCGCUGAGAGUGACGCCCCCUCCCACUUCCCCUUACCUGAACGGAGACUCACCAGACAGCACUAACGGAGACAUGGACCUUGAGAACGUCACUAGAGUUCGCCUAGUUCAGUUCCAGAAGAACACCGAUGAGGCCAUGGGCAUUACUCUUAAAAUGAACGAGCUCAACCACUGCAUUGUAGCCAGGAUCAUGCACGGUGGAAUGAUUCAUCGACAAGGGACUCUGCACGUAGGAGAUGAAAUUCGAGAGAUUAAUGGCAUCAGUGUUGCCAAUCAAACAGUAGAGCAGCUCCAAAAAAUGCUGCGAGAGAUGAGAGGAAGCAUCACGUUCAAGAUUGUGCCAAGUUACAGGUCCCAGUCCAAGUCUUUUGAGGUACAGAACAAAAACCUGUUCCGCCUUACAACACUUAAAGAAAAGCAAAUCAUGGGAGCGUUUGUGUUGCAGAAGGAGUCCCCAGAUUUGUCUCAACAUUCGGCUGCGAAUGGUCAUGCAAGCGUCACCAGUUCCAUCCUGGAUCUACCCGCAACAAUUCAGCCCAAAGGUCGUCAGAUCUCCAGACCUGCCAUCAAGGACAAAUUGUCCAUCAAGAUUUAUGUCCGUGCUCAGUUUGAGUAUGACCCGGCAAAAGACGACCUCAUACCUUGUAAAGAAGCAGGCAUACGAUUCAGGGUGGGGGACAUCAUUCAGAUCAUCUCCAAGGAUGACCACAAUUGGUGGCAGGGGAAGCUGGAGAAUACCAAGAAUGGCACAGCAGGCCUCAUCCCUUCACCGGAGUUGCAGGAGUGGCGUGUGGCAUGUAUAGCAAUGGAGAAGACCAAACAGGAACAGCAGGCCAGUUGCACGUGGUUUGGCAAGAAGAAGAAACAGUAUAAAGACAAGUACCUGGCCAAGCACAACGCAGUGUUUGACCAACUAGAUCUGGUCACAUACGAAGAGGUGGUGAGGCUGCCCUCGUUCAAAAGGAAAACGCUGGUUUUGCUCGGUGCACACGGAGUUGGCAGGAGGCAUAUCAAGAACACGCUGAUCACUAAACACCCUGACCGUUUCGCCUACCCCAUCCCUCACACGACUCGGCCUCCGAAGAAGGAUGAGGAAAACGGAAAGAACUACUACUUUGUGUCUCACGACCAGAUGAUGCAGGACAUCAGCAACAACGACUACCUAGAGUACGGCAGCCACGAGGAUGCCAUGUACGGAACCAGGCUGGAGACUAUCAGGCAGAUCCACACCCAGGGCAUGAUCUCCAUUUUAGAUGUUGAGCCACAGGCACUAAAGAUCCUCAGGACAGCUGAGUUUGCUCCCUUUGUCGUAUUCAUCGCAGCUCCCACUCUCACGCCGGGCAUGACAGAGGUACAGGAGGUUCCCAAGUGGUGUCGGAAACUGCCUGACGACUCCCUGCAGCGACUCCAGCAAGAGUCGGAGAUGCUGCAGCUGACGUACGCGCACUACUUUGACCAGACCAUCAUCAACAACGAGAUAGACGACACAUUGCGCCUGCUGGAGGAGUCCGUGGAGCUGGCGUGCAACACCCCUCAGUGGGUGCCGGUGUCCUGGGUGUACUAAAACCUCCUGAACGCAAAGGUGCCACCACCUGGAAUGUCGUAUGAUCAGAAUCCUGUGUUUGUGUCGAUGAAGUGUGGCGCUAAAAAGACAAGAAACAACCGCGCCACUUCACGAAGGGUCCACCCCUGGCCCUUUUUAUCUUUCAACGGUCUUGCAGGCCUUAAUGUGUACAUAUAUACAUAUCUAUCUGCAAUGAUAUAAAUGAUACAAAAAAAAAACAUGUUAAGUGAUACAGUUCUGUCUUACAUAGUUGAAGGCUAGGAGGGGCGUGUUCUAUAUUUUGUACUUUUCUUUUCUAAGUGAUGGACGACUGCUAACACCGACAAGGCAAUAGCACGCAUGACCUGAAGCGGGUGGAAGUGUGUCCGAACCAGCCGAACUUUCAAGCACAUAGGAAGCUGCCACAGUGGGCACAAGUCGCUGGACUCCAAACGCAACAAACAACAAAAAAAGCACAGGAAACUUGGCAGUUUCGUUCUCCCAACCUCUUAUUUAUUCCACCAUUUUGUUGAAAGGGACCACAGUCUGUCGACGCCGCUAGACCCUCCCCGCCAACCCCCCCAACCGACGAUCGUCUUUGUUUACAUCGGAAUUUGCACAAAAAGGACUAUGAAGAACACGUGUACUGCAUCUUGUCGGCUCAUAGUUUUUGGUUUGUGUUCGAGCGCCGACUGUGAUCCUGGAG